GUGUGUGUGUGUGUGUGUGUUCAAGGUCUCCAGUUUCAGGCCUUGACGUCCGCCCUCCGGGGAGGAAACGGAACGGAUCUGUAGACGCAGUUCUGCUCUGCCUGCCGGUUCCACAACAGACCGGGGCGAGCCAAUCACGGAAUGACGCUGUGCUGGGUUUCUCUGUCAUAUAUCCAUACGGACAAACCGCAUCGGAAUCUCACGUGUGCAGCCCAGAGGAGUGACAGUGGUGCCACACAACCGGAUAACAGACGGUUAUUAAUAUUGGAGCUGCAUCAACAGAUAAACGUGGCACGGGGCUUUUUGUCCCGGGGCUCAUUGGAGAGGAAUACCCACAGAGCCUUGGAUUAGGAGGGUAUUACUUGGUGGAUUCCAUCGGGGCGCCAUGUCAAUCUUGCCCUCUUUCGGCUUUACGCAGGAGCAGGUCGCGUGCGUCUGCGAGGUGCUGCAGCAGGGUGGGAACCUGGAGAGGCUCGGACGUUUCCUCUGGUCCCUGCCAGCCUGCGACCACCUCCACAAGAACGAAUCCGUGCUGAAAGCGAAGGCCGUGGUGGCCUUCCACCGGGGAAAUUUCCGUGAGCUCUACAAGAUAUUGGAAAGCCACCAGUACUCCGCGCACAACCACCCGAAGCUGCAGCAGCUGUGGCUGAAGGCUCACUAUGUGGAGGCGGAAAAAUUGCGCGGCCGCCCGCUGGGCGCUGUGGGCAAAUACCGAGUGCGCAGGAAAUUCCCUUUGCCCCGUACGAUUUGGGACGGCGAAGAGACCAGUUACUGCUUUAAGGAGAAGUCUCGGGGUGUGCUGCGUGAAUGGUACACGCACAAUCCCUAUCCAUCUCCAAGGGAGAAGCGGGAGUUGGCGGACGCAACGGGACUGACCACAACACAGGUCAGCAACUGGUUUAAAAACAGGAGGCAAAGAGACCGGGCAGCCGAGGCAAAAGAGAGAGAAAACAGCGAGAACAACGGCGUUGGCGGUAAGCAGAGCCAGCGGUCUCCCCUCGACGGAGUGAAGUCGCUGAUGUCCAGCUCGGAGGAUGAAUACUCUCCGCCGCAGAGUCCCGAGCACAACCCCGUGCUCCUCCUGCAGGGGAACAUCAACACUCCCGUAGCUCCCGCAUACCCAAUGCCCGGCCUCGGUGCGCAGCAUUCGGUGCACAGCAUGCAAGGACAUCCGCAUCAGAUCCAUGAUUCACUGUUGGGAUCUCUAACAUCCAGCCUUGUGGAUUUAGGAUCUUAGGAUUUCCCGUUCACAUUUUUAAGCGACAAGACUUAUAAACAUAACCAAUAUUUACGGCAUUACCGCAUAUUCUUAUGACGCAGAGGACGUUUGCUGAUAUAAACUAUUCUGUUGCAAAUGAUUAGAAAAGGGGGAGUUUUAAAAGAGUUUCUCUGAUUUUUCGGAAUUUUGAGUUUACUGGAAAAGUGCAUUAAAUUUGUAAAAACAGCGAGGCCAAUAUUUAAGAGUAUUCUCACUAUUGUUGGAUGCAUAAACUUUUAAUAAUUUAUGAUGUUUUAAUUAAAGUUAAUUUAUAGAAAUUGUUCUGUAUUGGACAGUAUUCUAAGAACAGGGAUUUUAAUGAGAAAGACAUUGGCUUUCAAGCAUCUGCAACUAAACUAUGGAUGUGAAAACUGGUUUCGUUCUUAUUUUUUGUUAUUAAAAACAGCCUAAUGUGUAUCCAC